AUGCAAACACGAAAGGCAAGACUUCUAAACAUGGGAAACCAAGGGAAACUGGGACAUACGUCCCCAAUGAUACAUGCCAUAGCAAUUUGCCUUGUGGCCACCAGUGUGGUGGCUUAUGAGCCUUACUACUACAAAUCUCCACCACCUCCAUCUCCAUCGCCACCUCCUCCAUAUCACUACUCAUCUCCUCCUCCUCCAAAGAAGUCUCCACCACCUCCAUACCACUACUCAUCCCCUCCUCCUCCAAAGAAGUCUCCACCUCCACCAUAUCACUACACAUCUCCACCACCUCCAAAGAAGUCUCCACCACCUCCAUACCAAUACACAUCUCCUCCUCCUCCAAAGAAGUCUCCCCCUCCACCAUAUCACUACACAUCACCUCCUCCUCCUAAGAAGUCUCCACCACCUCCAUACCACUACUCAUCUCCUCCUCCUCCAAAGAAAUCUCCCCCUCCACCAUACCACUACACAUCUCCACCCCCUCCUAAGAAGUCUCCACCACCUCCAUACCACUACUCAUCUCCUCCUCCUCCAAAGAAGUCUCCACCACCUCCAUACCACUACUCAUCUCCUCCUCCUCCAAAGAAAUCUCCCCCUCCACCAUAUCACUAUACAUCUCCACCUCCUCCAACAAAGUCUCCACCACCUCCAUAUCACUACACAUCUCCACCUCCUCCAAAGAAGUCUCCACCACCUCCAAACCACUACUCAUCUCCUCCUCCUCCAAAGAAAUCUCCCCCACCACCAUAUCACUACUCAUCCCCACCUCCUCCUCCUCCUAUGAAAUCUCCUCCUCCACCAUACCACUACACAUCUCCUCCUCCUCCAAAGAAGUCUCCACCACCUCCAUACCACUACUCAUCUCCUCCUCCCCCAAUGAAAUCUCCCCCUCCACCAUACCACUACACCUCACCUCCUCCUCCUCCUAUGAAAUCUCCUCCUCCACCAUACCACUACACAUCUCCUCCUCCUCCAAAGAAGUCUCCACCACCUCCAUACCACUACUCAUCUCCUCCUCCCCCAAUGAAAUCUCCCCCUCCACCAUACCACUACACCUCACCUCCUCCUCCUAUGAAAUCUCCCCCUCCACCAUACCACUACACAUCUCCUCCUCCUCCAAAGAAGUCUCCACCACCUCCAUACCACUACUCAUCUCCUCCUCCUCCAAUGAAAUCUCCUCCUCCACCAUAUCACUACACAUCUCCACCUCCUCCAAAGAAGUCUCCACCACCUCCAUACCACUACUCAUCUCCUCCUCCUCCAAUGAAAUCUCCCCCUCCACCAUACCACUACACCUCACCUCCUCCUCCAAAGAAGUCUCCUCCUCCACCAUACCACUACACAUCUCCUCCUCCUCCAAAGAAGUCUCCACCACCUCCAUACCACUACUCAUCUCCUCCUCCUCCAAUGAACUCUCCUCCUCCACCAUAUCACUACACAUCUCCACCUCCUCCAAAGAAGUCUCCACCACCUCCAUACCACUACUCAUCUCCUCCUCCUCCAAAGAAGUCUCCCCCUCCCCCAUACCACUACACAUCACCUCCUCCUCCAGUCAAAUCCCCACCCCCUCCGUACUAG